AUGCUGGAGGUCCCGCCAUCACCAGCGCCGUCGUCUCUUACGGUCAAGCGACGUGAGUCUGUACGUAUGAAACGUAUGCAAUUAAUUCUAAAGAAAGCGCUGGAAGUGUCGGUACAUUCGGCGUCACUUGUGGAUCUACGUGCGUGUCUGGAGAGUGAAUGUCGCGGAGAUGAAGAGCUUCUUGGUGCUUUCUUCCCUCCUCCUACACCAGAGAGCUUGGAACAGCAUAAUACGGAAGAAGUAGCAGCACAGGCGGUAAUGAGCUUACGACAAAAGGUUGAGACGAUAUUUCAGUGGCUUUGCGAGACACAUGACGUGGAGACAGAGCUGCUAGAGCUGGAAGAUGUUAUUCGUCAGGCAGAAGACCGACGACUGCAUCAAGUGGAAAAGAAACAGCGAGAAGAAGAGAAAGAGGAGAAUCAGAUGGAGAAAGAGAAAGAAAAGGAUAAGACAACACCGGAAGCUUGGAUUCGAGCAGAACGAUUACGUGCAAAGCAAGAAGAGAAAAAGGAACUCGAGAGACUAGUGGAAGCUUUAGAGACGAAGAAUAAGGAUUUGCAGCGGGUUGUGGAAGAGAAACGACGCCACGCGACUGCAGAUGUACAGCGAAUGCAACGUGCUGCGAUUCAACUGGGGCAAAUGAGUCAUCUUGCGAAGGAUUAUGCCAUAACUCCCUGA